AGCUCAAACCAAUCUAUAAUAGUGAGAGGCAGCGCUGCGCUCUAUCCGCAGGUCCCAGCCGGCACCGCACUGGCUUUUGGAAAUAAGUAUUUCAGGGAUUAUCUUAAUGGAUUCCAUCCGAGUUUCGAAGGUUGAAAGGGUUCUUUGCGGCAAAUCAGGGAGUGCUCACUAUGGAUCACUCCACUUGACCGCACACCAUCUGAUCUUCCGGUACGAGGAUGCCGCAGUGGAGGAGAUGUGGGUACCAUACCCACUGAUUUCGUUGGUAGUGCAGCUCCCGCAGACAUUGCAAGGCCAAAGUCCUAUAACGUUUCACACACGGACGUUUGAAACCUUUUCCAUUUUGUUUGGGAGUGAUCAUGAUGCCGUCGAUGUAUUUGAGAGCGUCAAAGAGUUGACGGUGUGCACGUCUGUUAAUCAGCUUUAUGCGUUCUUCUACUCACCUAAUCCUCCUUUCGAUGCUGAGGGCGGGUGGUCUAUUUACUCCCCUAGGAAGGAGUUUGGUCGUAUGGGUGUGGGCACCCGAACCAAGGCAUGGCGGUUCACUGACAUAAAUAAGGAUUAUCAGUUUUCUUCCACUUAUCCAUCUCUGUUGGUCGUUCCGACCCGGAUAAGUGACUCCACCCUCACUUAUGCCGCCAAGUACAGAAGCAAAUGUCGAAUUCCGGCUUUGACGUACCUUCACUGGGCCAACUUCGGAACUAUAACACGGUCCAGUCAACCAAUGGUUGGCAUUAAACAGAACCGAUCUGUCCAGGACGAGAAACUCGUGGAAGCCAUUUUUCAAUCCCAUCGCUCCCCCGAUUCACGGUCAUCAAGUAUCCCCAUCUACGGCGCCACCGCGACAAACCUCAUUGUUGAUGCCAGGCCAACGGCUAACGCCAUGGCGAACACUGCUAGAGGAGCCGGGACCGAAAACAUGGAAAAUUACAAAGAUGCAAAAAAGACGUACUCAGGAAUUGAUCACAUACACGCCAUGCGCGAGUCACUAGGGAAAGUAGUGGAUGCCUUACGCGAAGCGGACAUCAUCGCUGCGAGUGUCAGCGGCAAGGUACUAGGAGAGGCGAAGCAGCUUGCUGUUUUAGAUCGACAAGCUCUGCGCCGUUCUGGAUGGCUCCGUCAUCUGUCGAACAUUCUUGAGGCGGUAGUUCUCAUCGUACGCAAUGUGCACAUCAAUUCAUCGCAUGUCUUAGUGCACUGUUCCGACGGCUGGGAUCGCACUUCACAACUCGCGGCUCUAGCUCAGGUGUGCUUGGAUCCUUACUAUCGCACUAUGCACGGCUUCCAGGUACUCGUCGAGAAAGAUUGGAUAUCGUUCGGCCACCGAUUCCGGGAUCGGUGUGGUCACUUGUCUUCGGAGAAAUUUUUCACAUCUGUAGCGGAUAGUGGGAACGCGGGAGGUGGGGCAGAGGCUGCUCAGGCCUUCCUUACUUCCGUCCAGAACCGUUUUGCUUCCCAGCAUCACAUCAAGGAAACGAGUCCUACUUUCCACCAAUUUCUGGAAUGCUUGCGUCAGAUACAAAGACAAUUUCCUGAGCGCUUCGAAUUUAAUGAACGCUUCCUGCGGACGAUUCACUAUCAUCUCUACUCCUGCCAAUUUGGAACUUUUCUGUAUAAUAAUGAACAAGAGAGGAAGAGAGGAGAGGACAAUAUGGUUCCAUCCGAGAGGACAGCAAGCCUUUGGGAGUUCCUUAACUCAUCAUCGCAAGUGGAACUUCACAAGAACCCAUCGUACAACCCUUUACUAGAUGAUCUCUCGAACAGGGACUCCAAGGCAGACAUGGGUGUCCUCACCCCUAAUGCCAAAGACAUCCGGUUCUGGCACGAACUGUACGGACGAACUGACGAAGAAAUGAAUGGCAAGAUUAUUAUAUCCCAGGUGAAAGAAGAUUCAGAGUUUGUUCCAUCAAUCGAGGGUCUUGACGAUGAUCCAGUCAACUUCCACACGCGUACGGAAGCUGUUCCGCCGGUUGCACAUCCGCAACCUACCACAAUAACGUCUUCUCCGACUCUUUUCAGAUCUAGCAGUCCCGCUGCUUCUGAGGGGUUGUCGUCCAGCCUGCAAGGUCUAUGGUCAUCAUUACCUGAAUUUGGCCAGAAAGUAGGAGGAGGAUUUCUGGUGGCUAGUACACCGACAGGACUAGGUGGUACGCCACCACGACCCUCAUCACCCGGGCGCAUGCGGGGUCCCAAUGCCCCCGACUUUUUUACCAACAGCGGAGUAAAAUCUAUGUGGGGAAAGCUGUCCUCGAAUGCCACAGCUGCGUUCACGGCGGUCCAAGAGGUGUAUGACGGCGUCACGAAAGACUUCAAAGGGGGAUCUAGGCCAUUUGAGGAUGAUACUGGGAAUUAUAGUGGAGGGAGGGAGCUACAGGCCAGCGAUUUCUCUGUGGAUGGAGAGCGUUUUACUUCACGUGCAAGUACAUCGUUCUCUCCCGUGGGUUCAUCAAACCGUCCCUGGGACAGCGUGACACCGCAGAGAAGUCUGGCCGAUCUGGCGAUGGACAACCCUUGGAGUAGUGUCCGGUCGCCGUCACCACCGCCACCAACUACACGACUGGACAUGGAUGAUACUGAUCCUUUACCUGAGGACCCGACUGUUGCUCAACCUUCACAACGACAAAACUCUGCCUUUCAUCAUCCGCCGAAGCAGGGUCCUAACGUGAGUAGGGUAACUCACUCGGAUGAGAACAAUGUACCCGAGCAGGAAACGAAGAGACCCUCGCUAACUACGGAUCCUCUCGGUGUCGGACUCGUGUAACAGCAGCAUUCAUAUGUACAAUUCUGGGACACAUUGCACACGGUACAGAUCAGUGUCACGCAUCUACAAACUCAUCAUCUCAUGUACUGGUUUCUCCUCGCUUGUCUCACGCUCUUGUCAUACGUGUGUAAAUUUUUUAUCUAGAUGGCGUGAUAAUGCUUAUGUC